AACUACUAUCCGGGAAGCUGAACUGUCUGCGUUGAUAAGACGCUUGCAUUGAUUUUUUUACAUGCUUUGACGGGCUGAACAAAAAACUCGAAUUACUGCAACAGCCCAAAAUAAACAGAUUCCAUCCAACAUGUAGGAAAGAGGAGGAGAUAAAUACCAUGUGAACUACACCAGCUGAGAGGGCAUCUAGCUGAAGACAAGAAUGGAAACCACAGGGGAAAAUAAAGCUGAAAAUCAGAAGAAUGGUGGAACAGAUCCUCAUUCCACAUCAAACUCUGUGUCUGAUAAGCAAACAAAACUCAAUAUUCCUGCAGUGGUGGUGAGAAAUGAAAACAAUGACAUCAUUGAACAAAUGGACGAACCCAGCAUUGACUUCUCGCAGGCAAUUCGAAGAAAUUUAAAAUCCAAACUCAUUCAGAGAGCCAACAGCCCUGUAAAAGAGCACAAAGACAAGCUCCAAGACACAAUGUCUGAAAACUCAGAGUCCGGUAGUGAAGAAGGGUUGUCAGAUUCCAGUGAUACAGAAAGGGAAGGACCCAGUGAGCCAGGAAAAAAGGUAGGCAAAAAUGCCAAUGCAGUCCAAACUAGUAAAGAAAUACAGACUGGUAUGGUUACAGAACUUGCAAAGGACAAAGGAGAAAGUGUCACAGCAGUCAAAGAGGGUGAAAAUCUACAGGUUUCUAUGGUAACAGAUGGUGAGAAGAAGGAAGAAGAAAGUGUUGGUCUUGUCAGGGAGGACUGUAAAGUGGAGGCUGCCCCAGAAACAGUGCUCAAAGAUGAGGGAGGGGAAACAGUUAACAAAGCAGUGGACUGUGAAAAAGAACAGGCAGAUAACAUGGCAGCGACAGAAGUGAGCAAAAAUAUAAACACAGUUGAAAAGGGUGAGGGAUUAAAGACCACUACAGUGAUUAAACAAAGGACUGUGGGUGGAGAGAAUAUUCAUACAUCAAAAGAUAAAAGUGAGGAAGAAAAUUCAGUGUUUUCAGUUAAAUGUGGAGAACCAGUUGUAGAAAAAGAUAGUGAUGCAGGUGAAGGAAAGAGAGCAGAGCCGAGUGAUUUAAUGGUAAAAGACUCCAGAAAACCAGCUGUAGAGGAAAUGUUGGGAAUUACUGCUAAAGAAAAAACACAUGAUUCAGAGGAGAAGACAACAAGUGAAGUGGAAAGUGAAAUAGAAAAAGGAACCACGUCAGAACAAGAGUGUUUAGAAAAAAAUAUCCUGAAUCAAAGUACAAAUGCAAAGAAGACUGCAGUUGAAGAGGAAGAUAAUGUAAAAAAUGAUCGUGCUGAAAAAAUUGAUAAGCCGAACAAAGUUCAAAACUCAAAUGAAGAAAAAGGAAAGAGUUCAGAUAAUGUAUGUUUUACAGAGAUCAUGCCAAAGGAAUGUGGAAAGGAGCUGACAGAGAAAGCAAGCACCGACACUGUACCAGAAGAAGAAGCUGACAAUUCCCUGGAAGAAAAGGACUUUUCUCAGUUCAACCUGACCAAGACCACUACUGUUGUGUGUAGUCCUCCGCCUCCUCUGAUGAUUCCUGCGCUGGGUGUUGCAGUUAAUCCUGCUAGUAUUCCAGCAGUGGGACAGUUUCCUAGAGGUUCUGUUGACCUCAAUACUGUGGCUAUUCAGCAAUUUCAGCAAUUCAACCUUCAGCCUACUGUGUCAAGCUCCAGUGCCCCUCUCACUCAAGUGUUGAUAUCUCCUGCUGUGGCCACUGCGUAUCCUCCUGGUGUAGCUCAGAACAGAUUCCCUACUCCAAACCACCCUAUUAAUGUUAUUCAUAGAAGUCAGGUUCCAUCGAGUGGUCAUCAUCUGAUCACAGGGUUACCAGUGGGCAUUGUUCCUUUUGUGCCAAGUUCCAACGUCAGAACGAUGAUCCAUCCACAGGUGUCAGGAGGUCUACCACCAAGAGUAGUGGCACCAAACAUACCAGUUCUUCCCUCAUCUACUCCGACCCCCACCACUAUACAAACUAUGCAGAGAACAUUCCCAUCAUCACCUUGUUCAACAGCUGUCACUCACCAAGUCUCACCAAACCACACUUCAAGCAUCUCUCUAGUUCCAGUUAUAUCUACGUCAUCAUUGAUGCAAACUGGCACCAUCACUAUGCAACAGCUAGUUAACAGCCCAAUAGCCGCACCAAGGCUAGUAUCAACGUCCACUAUAGCACCACACGUCAUACUUGCCACUCAAGCACAAGUCAGACAAGCUGGUUCACCUACCGUUACAUCAAACCAACCAUCUAAGACAAGCAUUCCACCACUCCAGCAGUCAAAACCAGAUGCUGCACCUGUCCAACAGAAAGCAGACGCCUCUACAUACGUUGAUAAUGACAGUAUUGACAUUUCUCUAGUGAACAAAGUGAAGAUGUUUUAUUUCCAAUGUGACAAGUGUACAUUUGUUACAAAAUCUGCUCAAAAUUUCCGAAGGCAUUACAUGCUUCAUUUAAGCUACAAACCAUAUGCUUGUACAAGUUGUGGCUUUUCUUCCUGCAACAAAUAUGGAUUUUCAAGUCAUUUAAAAAAUCAUCAAGCUUGUGUGGGUCAAAAGUUUGUUUACAAAAAAGAUAUUGAAGCUGAAAGACAAUUGGAAAGAAAUGUGAAUGCAUGUAAACAUUAUAGAUGGGUCUCUGAUGAAGAAAAUGAUAAAUCUUCAAAGGAACUCUUCGGUGACCAAAGGAGAUUCAGAUUCACAUCUAAGAAGUCGGACAUAGGUAACUCGGCAUUGGAAUCCAGAACUUCCGGUGAAAGCAUUGAUGAAUCACCUUCAGACGUGCAGUUGGGUAUUGUGAAGAAAACUUAUUCAGGAAAGAAAAAGAUUCGUGACAUUCUUGGAGAGAUGGAGAGCAAUUCACGGAAGCAAACUGAACAUUUAUCUCAGCUGAAUAAUGUAGAAGAUUCAACAAAAGUUGUAUCCAAGAAUGAAAAGGCCUCAAAUAGUGGUGAAGGAGUUCUAGUGGCCAAAAGUAAUGACCAUGUCUCAAUGCAAAAUAGUGGUUCAUUAGUGGGAGCAGUACCAGCGAAAGGUACAAGUCAGGAAGAAAAAACUGAUUCCGAUGAUAUGAGUGAUGUUAUAGAUCCACUACCCUCCAUGAAGAUCAUUCCAGACACAAGUGGCAGUAAGAGUCCAGAGUACAGGAAACCAGGAAGAAGAGGUAGAAAAAAGCAGAAUGGAACAAUGAAAACAUCCAACUAUCUGAAAAAGAACUUCCAGAAAGCAAAGAAAAUAUUGCAGAAUAAGAAAAAGCUUAAAAGACGUCGCAAAAAGGUUAACAAAGGUCAGAAUUAUGAAAUUGUUGAUGAAAGUAACAUUCUGGAUCUUCCCCGUGUUCGCAAGUUCAAGACUACAUUUGAUCCUAGUCCAGAUCUAUAUAAACGAAGGAGAAGAGAAGUAUUAGAGGAGGAAGAAUUUCAGAAGCCACCUAAACCACCUGUCCCAUCAAAACCAGAAGCAAAAGAAUCUCCGCUGUACUACAAAUGUCCGUAUUGUGGCCAGUCUGGAGACUCUGCCGUUGGGAUCAAGCGUCAUGCCUUCUGGGUCCACAACAUGUGUGAAUACACAUGUAACCUGUGUAUGUACAUGUCUAUGUCAAAGCAGGAGUGUCUAAGACAUUGCUAUGCAGAUCACCCAGGCACCUCUCCAUGCAUCAAAAGAUCCUUCUGUAAAACUAUGGAAGUGGAGGAGGUAACUGACAAAAGAGAUGAUGUAGAGAAGAAUGGUGAAGAGGAGAAAGAGAUGGAUAAAGAAAGCGAUGAGCAUGAGGACAGUGAAUCUGGUGACGAGGAAAAGGAAUCUUCAGAGGAAAGUAGGCCGAAAGUCAAUCCAAUCAAAGGACAGCAAAAUGUCCGGUGUAUCCAGUGUGACAUGAAGCUUACGCAUAAAGGGAUGCAAAUGCAUCUGUUACGCAUGCACAAAGUUUUUAUGUAUAAAUGUUCAUACUGCAAAUAUGUCCACAGAAACCUAGGGGAAGUAACAGAUCAUUGCACAUCAGAACAUGGCUUUAAAAUAUGUAAAGCUGUGCGUGUGGCAUAUGACCUUCAGAGAGGACAUGAUCUCAUAGAAUUUCUACCGAAGAAGAAAUUAAAAGAAACAAAGAAAUCCAAAUACUCAAGAAUGCUGACUUUUAAGAAGAAUUUUAAGUUAAAACGGAGGCCUCUGAGUAUGAAAGCCAACUGUCCACUGUGUGGAUUUGCUUCCAAUUAUAUUGGUGUGCAGCGACAUCUAUCAAUGAGACACAAACUGAAAAAGUUACAGUGCGGGCGUUGUGGUCAUGUGACCUACAAUAAAUCCGAUGCUUUGAGGCAUUCAAGGAAUGUUCACAAGGAAGAAACUCCUUAUGUGUUGCGCACUUUUGCAGACAUUGAAUCUGUGGCAGCUAUGUCUAAGGAGGAUUUGAAAAAAUGUGGUGUAGUGAUGUUUAAACAAAAAGAAGACCAGAGUUCUGACACUGAAGAUGAGGAAGCAAACAAAAAUCUGGAUGCAAAGAAUGAUGCAAAAGUUCCUAAAGCUGCUACACCCCUAGAGAAAGAAACUGGAAAUGUGUCCUGUCCAAUUUGCUUUUCAGAGAAGCGAACACUAAGAGGGGUAGAGCUGCACAUGAUGCAUUUGCACAAAAUUUGUAACUGGUUAUGUGGAAGAUGUGGAUUCCAGUCCACAGAUAAGUAUGUGACUUUGCAACACUCUGUAGACCUACAUAAAGAUGAAGACCCAAUGAUCUCCAGAACAUUAGUUAAUUUGGAUAAAUACCUUGCUGAGAAAAAUAUGGAUCUUGACUACAGUUCAGCACCUACAAAACAACUUGAUGCCAAAACAGAUCCAUAUAAACCAGAUUUUGAUGAGGAUGAAACUGUUGAAGACAUGUACAAUCAGAAGGACCAAGAGGAAAUGUCACAUGAUUUGAAUGUUGACCCUGAGACCAGCAGUUUGAGGAAGGCUUUCAAACGGAGAUCCUGUAGUCCAAAAGGCUCAGAUAUUGGGAGUGUGGCGUCAGCAGCGUCUGAGAAGGUUCCACUAAAGAAGAGUGUGAGGGAGUUUCCCCGAACACCUGGAGGAGAUUCAGUGGACUCGGACUCAACAGAGGAUGGCUUUGUGGUGAAAAAGAAGAGGAGCAAGAAGAUCUCCCAGAUAGCUAGAUCAUCACCUAGUCUUGGCUACACACCUUCAUCUUUUGUGGUACGUCCCAAGGACAUGAACCAAUUAAAUCAGGGCUUCAGUUGCGUGUACUGCAAUUAUGCUGCACCCCUGCGGCAUCAAGUACGCCUGCACUGUUACGACAAGCACACAAACCACCCGGCUUGUGUUAUGGAGUUCCAGGUCAACGGGGAAGAAAAUUUUUAUCGUGAUGAUGGUACAGAUGAUGUCUUAUCUGACAGUUCAGAUAACAGUGAUGGUGAAGCAAAGAAAAUUCAGAAUGAAGCUGUAUUAAAAGUUAGUCCCAGUGAAACAGGGAAGAAAUCUACAACAAGCUGCUGUGAUUCAGAUUCCUUGAAGGAGGAUGACAAGAUAGACCUUCAGAUGAAAAGAAGUGAAAGUAUAACAAGCAGAGAUACAGAUACUGAUGAACUCCACGCUUCAGAAAUCAUCGACAGUGGUGGAAAAAGGUUCCGUAGAGGACAGAAGAGGAAGAACAGAUUCAAUAAUCCACUGAAAACCCUGGUUCACAAACUGAAUUCCAGCCAGAUUAACCUGGAGGAUACGUUCCAUGGUAGCUUAGAUGAGGUGGACUCUUUUCUCAAUAAAUUCGGAGUUCGUACCCUAAACAUGGAUAUGCUGACUCAGCAACAAUUCUCUGACUUCAUUGAGAGGUUCGGAAGUUGCCUACAGCCAGUGUAAUGUGAUGUGUCAUAAAAAUCAGUCAUUCAUGUACGGUACAUCAAUGCAUGUUUGUAUAUUUUUUCAUGUUCAUGAUCAUAACAUGGAACCAGUUAUGCAGAUGUGCUAAGGAAGUGACAAAGAUGAUUGAAGUAUGUGUCCAACUUGCUACUUUUGAACAUGUCUAUUUUUGUUAUGUAAACAUCUUUUUUGUGACUUUACUUCUCUCCGUAAUUUCUGUUGUAAAUACCAGAAUAAUGCAUGCUAUAUAUUUUUUGUUUGUAUUGUAGUGUAUUUUGUAUGGAGCAAAUUUCUACCCCAUAUUUACAAUGGGUCUUUGCAUGGGGUUUUCAUUCUAAUGAUCUUACAUCUAGUGAUUACUCAAGUUACCAGCAAUUUUUUCUAGAAAUGUGAAAAGAUGCUACUGGGUAACUGUUCAUUGGCUGUAGUGGAUGACAGGAAGUCAGUGCAAUACUGUGCAUGCUGUGGGUGUUUUUGUAGUUAGCUGUUUACGUAAUUUUCACAGGCGUUUACUUUUCUACACCUCUGUAUUUUGAAGUAUUGUUAUACUGACCAGUUAUAUGUAAUCUAGGUAAUAUAACAUUUUUUGUUUAUAUAAAUCUAAUAUAACGUUUUGCAGAUAGCUCUCUCUCUCUCUCUCUCUCUCUCUCUCUCUCUCUCUCUCUCUCUCUCUCUCUCUCUCUC